AUGGAGAAAUUCUUAAUAACGGGUGAUUUUCCAGAGAAAUUGCCAAAAGUAUAUUCCAAGUCAUAUUUAUUAAUUAAUAUGUUGUCACCAGCCACAAAAUAUAUGACUCAUGAAUUGGCAUAUCAGGUGACAUAUGCUGUAGAAAAGUUACUUAAUAGUAUUCCAGAAGAUGUGUAUAGUCGAAAUAAUGUUCAUGACUUUGCUGAAUUUUUUGCUCAUACAGCGUUAAAAAUUGCUAGGAGUAUGUUUGAUAUAAAUGUUAUGGAAGAGUUAACUUUAAUUUUAAAAAAAAUACUUCGUUGUUUUGAGGCAGAGGCACGUUGUAUAUUAUUGAAACGUUCUUUUUCAAGAUUUUUAGAUCAAACUGAAGGUGGUGAUAAUCAACUACCAUAUGAAGCUAAUAUGUCUGCAAUAUUUAUUGAUUUCUAUCGUCAAGAAGUAGGAAAAGCAAAAAUUUUUGAGGAGGAGCUUAUUGACUUAUGGAGUAUUAUUUUAACAAGACAUUAUCAUGACUUUGAUAGAGGUGCAGCUACUUAUUACAAUGCUAUAAUGAUGCUUAUAAAAUUACAGUGCAAUGCUAAAUUAUGUGUUAAACUUUUAAAAAAUACUAUUUCUUCAUCAUAUUAUAAAAUAGUUGAGGAUAAUCUUACUGCAUUUUGUUUACGACGUGAAAUUGAAGUAAAUAAUAUGAAAGAAAAAGCAGAAGAAAUGAAAAAUAAAAUGCCCGGUAGAUUUAAAACAAAAGAAUGUAAAGCUGAAGAAUUACAGAAUAUUAAAGAAAGUCCUUAUGUUGGGGUUUUAAGGUAUUCAAUUGCUACAACAAAAAGUGAUCUUAAUCGUUUAAUUUAUGGUGAUAAUUUUCAAAGAGAUAAUGUUCUCAAGGUUUAA